CUCCAACCACUCUCAUUCCCCCCCUCCUUCCUUCCUUCCUCGUCUCUCCCUUCCCUCCCCCCCUCCUCUCUCUCCUCGUCUGCUCGGCAUCGCGCUCGCCCAGCCCGGCCGACGGGGCUUUUCUCUUUCUUCCACAAAGCGACCAGUGCGACACACACACUACAGCACACACAACACAACAACGACGACGACCUACCAACACCUCGCAGAGUCCAUCACAAACUCUACCCUUGUGCAUUACACCAUUUGAGGUCGUCCACCCCCACACGGCCCCUCACCACCUGUAUCACCUCGUUUGAACGACUGGCCCGCAGACAACUCGCAAUAAACAAGUCGCAUUAGCUGGAACAAACUCUCUGCCUCUUCCCCUCCCCUCGGGUGCAAUCUGCGAGUGACCCACCAACACGCGCACACGUUACUCUAGCUAGUACAACACUACGAUGUCGUACAACAACCCGCAGGCGAACUAUUCGCAGGCGUCGUCCACGGACCCAUUCACUGGUGCCCAGCAACCGCCAGGCCAGCAGCCCCCUUACGACGCUCCUCCCCCAGGACCACCUGGUGGCGCGCCGGCAAACUACCAGCAAUUCUAUGACAACAACUCUGAGAUGGACGCCCGUUACGAGGGCGGCGGUAUGGGCCGCGAGACCUGGGUCAGCGAGAGCGCUGGCAGUGGUUACGAACCUGGCCAGUACCCCGCCUCGGAGCACUCGUUCCAGCAGGGCUACCCAUCGCGCGCCUCCACCCCUACCUUCACUGAGGGUAGCAAGGAGGGCCACCGCCCGAGAGAGCCUUAUCCGGCUUGGACGCAGGAGGCCAACAUCCCCUUGUCAAAGGAGGAGAUUGAGGAUGUUCUGAUCGACCUGGCCAACAAGUUCGGUUUCCAGAAGGACUCGUGCCGUAACAUUUACGACUUCCUCAUGAUCCAGCUGGAUUCGCGAUCGUCGCGCAUGUCGCCCAACCAGGCCCUCUUGACUCUCCACGCCGACUACAUUGGUGGCGAGCAUGCCAACUACCGCAAGUGGUACUUUGCUGCCCAGCUCGACCUUGACGAUGCCAUCGGCGCCGUCAACAACCCCGGUCUGUCGCGUGUCCGUUCCGUUGCCCGUCGCGGUGGCAAGGGCGCGCCGCCUCAGUCGGCCCAGGAGAAGUCGCUCGACUCGGCCACCCAGCGCUGGCGCACGGCCAUGAACAACAUGAGCCAGUACGACCGUCUUCGCCAGGUCGCCCUCUACCUCCUCUGUUGGGGCGAGGCCGCCCAGGUCCGUUUCGUGCCCGAGUGCUUGUGCUUCAUCUUCAAGUGCGCGGACGACUACUACCGCUCGCCCGAGUGCCAGAACCGCAUGGACGCUGUUCCUGAGGGCCUGUACCUGCGUGCCGUUGUCAAGCCGCUCUACAAGUUCCUUCGUGACCAGGGUUACGAGGUUGUUGACGGCAAGUUCCUGCGUCGCGAGAGGGAUCACGACAAGAUUAUCGGUUACGACGAUGUCAACCAGCUCUUCUGGUACCCCGAGGGUAUUGCCCGCAUCGUCCUGGCCGACAAGACGCGUCUGGUCGACAUUCCUCCCUCGCAACGUUUCAUGAAGUUUGACCGUAUCGACUGGCCCAACGUCUUCUUCAAGACUUACCUUGAGAAGCGUUCGUUUGUCCACCUGCUCGUCAACUUCAACCGUAUCUGGGUUCUCCACAUUUCGCUCUUCUGGUUCUACACCGCCUACAACGCCAAGCCCCUCUACGCCCCCAAGAACCAGCUCAACCCGUCUACCGGUAUGCAGUGGUCGGUCGUCGCCCUUGGUGGCGGUAUUGCCACUCUGAUCAUGAUCCUCGCCACGCUCGCCGAGUUCAGCUACAUCCCCACCACCUGGAACAACACCUCGCACCUAACACGCCGUUUGGCAUUCCUGCUCGUCGCUCUUGCGAUCACGGUUGGCCCUACCAUCUACAUUGCCUUCUUCAACAGCGGCGAGAGCGCGUUGACAAAGUGGCUUGGUGUUGGUCAGUUCAUCUUCGCGAUCAUCUUCACGCUCCUGUUCGGCAUCAUGCCCUCGGGACGCAUGUUUGGUGACCGUGUCGCUGGCAAGAACCGCAAGUACCUCGCCAACCAGACGUUUACGGCUUCGUACCCGACCCUGUCGCGCCCUGCCCGCGCAUCGUCGAUCCUCCUCUGGUUCCUCAUCUUCGGGUGCAAGUUUACCGAGUCGUACUUCUUCUUGGCUGUCUCGUUCCGCGACCCCAUGACCGUCAUGCGCGGCAUGAAGGUCCAGAACUGCAACGACAAGUACUUUGGGAAGGCGCUCUGUGAGAACCAGGUCGCGUUCACCCUCGCGGUCAUGUUCAUCAUGGACCUCACCCUCUUCUUCCUCGACACCUUCCUCUGGUACGUCAUCUGGAACACGAUCUUCUCCAUUGCUCGUUCGUUUGCCAUUGGCAUGAGCAUCUGGACGCCUUGGCGCGACAUCUUCUCGCGCCUGCCCAAGCGCAUCUACGCCAAGAUUCUCGCGACGGCCGAGAUGGAGGUCAAGUACAAGCCCAAGGUCCUCGUCUCGCAGGUCUGGAACGCCGUCAUCAUCUCGAUGUACCGCGAGCACUUACUCUCGAUCGACCACGUCCAGCGCCUCCUCUACCACCAGAUCGCCUCGGACCAGCCCGGCAAGCGUACCCUUCGUGCCCCCGCCUUCUUCAUCUCGCAGGGUGACAAGAAGUCCAAGGUCGAGUUCUUCCCCAAGGGCUCCGAGGCCGAGCGCCGUAUCUCGUUCUUCGCCCAGUCGCUCACGACCACCCUCCCCGAGCCCAUCCCCGUCGAGGCCAUGCCCACGUUCACCGUCCUUGUCCCCCACUACUCGGAGAAGAUUCUGCUCUCGCUUCGUGAGAUUAUCCGUGAGGAGGACCAGAACACUCGUGUUACCCUGCUCGAGUACCUCAAGCAGCUCCACCCCGUCGAGUGGGACAACUUCGUCAAGGACACCAAGAUUCUCGCCGAGGAGUCCAACCUCUUUGGUGGUGGCAGCAACCCCUUCGGCGACGAGAAGGAGGACAAGCGCGCCGACGACAUUCCGUUCUACACUGUUGGUUUCAAGUCUGCCGCCCCCGAGUACACUCUGCGUACGCGUAUCUGGGCUUCGCUCCGUGCUCAGACGCUUUACCGCACUGUCUCUGGUUUCAUGAACUACUCCAAGGCCAUCAAGCUCCUCUACCGUGUCGAGAACCCCGAGGUCGUCCAGCUCUUUGGCGGUAACACGGACCAGCUUGAGCGUGAGCUCGAGCGCAUGGCCCGUCGCAAGUUCAAGUUUGUCGUCUCCAUGCAGCGCUACUCCAAGUUCAACAAGGAGGAGCACGAGAACGCCGAGUUCCUCCUCCGCGCCUACCCCGACCUGCAGAUUGCCUACCUCGACGAGGAGCCCGCCCGCAAGGAGGGCGGCGAGUCGCGCAUCUUCUCGGCUCUUAUCGACGGUCACUCUGAGAUCAUGCCCAACGGUCGCCGCAGGCCCAAGUUCCGCAUCGAGCUGCCCGGUAACCCCAUUCUCGGUGACGGCAAGUCGGACAACCAGAACCACGCCAUUGUCUUCUACCGCGGUGAAUACCUCCAGCUUAUCGACGCCAACCAGGACAACUACCUCGAGGAGUGUCUCAAGAUCCGCAACGUCCUCGGCGAGUUUGAGGAGUUCCAGGUCUCGUCCCAGUCGCCCUACGCCCCCAACGGCCACAAGGACUUUAAGAAGUUCCCCGUUGCCAUUGUCGGUGCCCGCGAGUACAUCUUCUCGGAGAACAUUGGUAUCCUCGGUGACAUCGCUGCCGGCAAGGAGCAGACGUUCGGUACUCUUGCGGCUCGUUCGCUCUCGUUCAUUGGCGGCAAGCUCCACUACGGUCACCCCGAUUUCCUCAACGCCAUCUACAUGAACACACGUGGUGGUGUCUCCAAGGCGCAGAAGGGUCUCCACCUCAACGAAGACAUUUACGCCGGUAUGAACGCCUUCGGCCGUGGCGGCAGAAUCAAGCACUCGGAGUACUACCAGUGUGGAAAGGGUCGUGACCUUGGUUUCGGCACCAUUCUCAACUUCCAGACCAAGAUUGGUACCGGUAUGGGUGAACAGAUGCUCUCGCGCGAGUACUACUACCUCGGCACUCAGCUCCCCAUGGACCGCUUCCUCACCUUCUACUACGGCCACCCCGGUUUCCACGUCAACAACAUCUUGGUCAUGAUGUCGGUCCAGAUCUUCAUGCUUACCCUCACGUUCAUUGGCACGCUCAACUCGUCGCUGCUCAUUUGCCAGUACGACUCGAACGGUGGUAUCCGCCAGGGCCAGAGCGGCUGCUACAACCUCCAGCCCGUCUUCAAGUGGAUCAAGCGCUGUAUCAUUUCGAUCUUCAUCGUCUUCUGGAUCGCCUUCGUCCCCCUGUUCGUCCAAGAGCUUACCGAGCGUGGAACCGGCCGUGCGAUCAUCCGUCUCGCCAAGCACUUCGUUUCGCUGUCGCCAGUGUUCGAAGUCUUCUCGACGCAGAUCUACAUGCACUCGAUCAUCAACAACUUGACGUUCGGCGGUGCUCGUUACAUUGCGACUGGUCGUGGUUUCGCCACCACUCGCAUCUCGUUCAGCAUCCUCUACUCGCGUUUCGCUGGCCCCUCGAUCUACCUCGGUAUCCGUACCCUGAUCGUGCUGCUCUACGUUUCGCUCGCCGUCUGGAUCCCCCACCUCAUCUACUUCUGGAUCACCGUUGUUGGUCUGUGCGUUGCGCCGUUCCUCUUCAACCCCCACCAGUUCUCGUACGCCGACUUCAUCAUCGACUACCGCGAGUUCCUUCGCUGGAUGUCGCGUGGUAACUCGCGCACGCACGCCAACUCGUGGGUUGGCUACUGCCGUUUGUCGCGUACCCGCAUCACUGGUUUCAAGCGCAAGCGCCUCGGUCUCCCCUCUGAGAAGCUCUCGAGCGACGUUCCCCGUGCCGGCUGGCGCGCGAUCAUUGUGUCCGAGAUCCUCGGCCCCGUCUGCCUUGCCAUCCUCAUGGUCAUUUGCUACCUGUUCAUCAAGGCGUUCCCCCAAGGCGGUGUCACGGUCCCCGGUCUCCUCCGUAUCGCUAUCAUUGCCCUUGGCCCCAUUGUCUGGAACAUGGCCUUCCUCUUGGUGCUCUUCCUCAUCUCGCUCUUCCUCGGCCCCUGCCUCAACGCCCACACCACCCAGUUUGGUGCGACGAUGGCUGCCAUUGCUCACCUGGGUGCCGUCGUCGGCAUGGUCGCCUUCUUCGAAUUCCUGUGGUACCUCGAGAUGUGGAACGCUUCUCACACUGUGCUUGGUGUGAUUGCGGUCAUUGCCGUCCAGCGUGCCGUCUUCAAGAUUCUCAUCGCCAUCUUCCUCUCGCGAGAGUUCAAGCACGACGAGACCAACCGCGCCUGGUGGACUGGUGUCUGGUUCAACCGCGGCCUCGGUGCCCACGUCCUCAGCCAGCCUGCUCGCGAGUUCAUCGUCAAGACGAUUGAGAUGGGUCUCUACUCUGCCGACUUUAUCACGUGCCACCUGCUCCUUCUCCUCCUCACGUUCCCGAUGCUCAUCCCCUUCUUCGACCGCCUGCACGCUACCAUGCUGUUCUGGCUCUCGCCCAGCCAGCAGAUCCGUCCUCCGAUCUACUCGCUCCGCCAGCGCAGCCAGCGUCGCAAGAUUGUGGUCAAGUACUCGAUCGUGUACUUCCUCAUCCAGGCCGUCUUUGUCGCGCUCAUCGUCGUCCCCGUCGUUCUCAAGACGGCCGCCGGUCUCCAGCCCAAGACUGUGCCCCUCGGCGGCGUCAUCUAA